UCUCCACAUUGGGGGGCGGGCAGAAGGGAGGCGGGAGGCCGGGCGGGCCGGCGGCCUGGGGCCGAGCCGCGAAGUUGGAGUGGUCGGAGCUGAUGGAGGGCGGCGGCGGCGGCGGCGGCGGCAGCGGGGGUGGGACGGCCCCGCGCGGGAGCGGCCCAGCCUCGGGUCCCGGCCCCGGCUCCGGCGGUGGCAUCGGGCUGGCUCGGGAGCUGGGCCGGGCCUUCGCCCACCACCGUCUCUACCUGAAGCGGCUGCAGCAGAACUUGAGCGAGACCCAGAAGUUCUUUCGCGACAUCCAGUGCUCCUACGACUGCAGCUUCCCCACCUUGUCCCCAGCCCCGGGCGGCGGCGGCCCCGACCAGGGGCCGGCGGCCGACGGCGAUGUCUCCGAGGCCGUCCUGCAUGCGGGACACCUGAGCUGCAUUUCCUUCCCACCCCGUGAAGAAGAGUACCUCCAGUUGAUGGUGAACUGCCUUCCCUGUAUCUUCAUCCUGGGCCAGGACUGUAAUACAAAGUGUCAGCUGCUGAACCUGUUACUGGGGGAGCGGAUACUUCCCACCACCAAGCGGGGCAGUGAAGACAGCUGUAAGCGUCGGCGCCUCCACUUCGCUAAUGGGAAUCAGACUCGGGUCAGUCUGGCGCUGCCCGGCCAUUAUGAACUAGUGCACACUCUGGCCUCCCACCAGGGCAAGUGGGAGACCAUUCCUGAGGAGGACCUGGAGGUCCAUGAGGACAGUGAGGACCCUGCCCACAUCUUGGCAGAAUUGGAGGUGACAAUGCACCAUGUUUUAUUACAGGAAGUAGACAUUGUGGUCGUGCCGUGCCGAGGGUUCCAGCCCCCAGUGGACACUCUAGGUGAGUUAGUGAAUGGUGUCCUGCCUGUGGUGAUUUUUGCCAUCAGCAAGGAUGAACUCUCAGAAGGAGAUGAGGAAGACCUGAGAGAUAUACGGGAACGGCUUUCUUUACCUAUAUUCUUUUUCAAAGUGCCGAAGCUGGGCUCUGAGCUGAUUUCCCCCAAGUCUUCCCCCAAGAAAAGAGUGGAGACUGAAAGAUCACCACUUCAUCGACAGCUAGUUGAUCUGAACUACCUGAAUGAUAGUCACUAUAACUGUGGGACUCCUGGCCUAAAUGCCAAAGCUCAGAGCAUGUUGGUGGAACAGAGUGAUAAGUUGAGACAAUUGAACACAUUCACUCAUCAGGUGCUACAAACGCACCUUGUAGAUGCAGCUACUGUUCUGAACCUGGUACACUGCCAGUGUCUAGAUAUCUUUAUCAACCAGGCCUUUGACAUGCAACGGGACCUGCAGAUCACUCCCAAGCGUCUCGAGUACACUCGAAAGAAGGAAAAUGAGUUGUAUGAAUCACUAAUGAACAUUGCCAACCGCAAGCAGGAGGAGAUGAAGGAUAUGAUUGUGGAGACUCUCAAUAUCAUGAAGGAAGAACUUCUGGAAGAUGCUGCCAACAUGGAGUUCAAAGAUGUCAUCAUACCCGAGAAUGGAGAGCCAGUGGGCACCAGAGAGAUCAAAUGCUGCAUUCGUCAGAUCCAGGAACUCAUCAUCUCUCAGCUUAACCAGGCUGUGGCCAAUAAACUGAUCAGCUCAGUGGACUAUCUCCGGGAGAGCUUUGUGGGAACCCUAGAACGGUGUCUGCAGAGCCUGGAAAAGUCCCAAGAUGUUUCAGUCCACAUCACUAGUAACUAUCUCAAACAGAUCUUAAAUGCUGCCUAUCAUGUUGAAGUUACAUUUCACUCAGGGUCAACGGUAACCAGGAUGCUGUGGGAGCAGAUCAAACAGAUAAUCCAGCGAAUCACAUGGGUAAGUCCACCUGCUGUUACUCCGGAAUGGAAGAGGAAGGUGGCCCAGGAUGCCAUUGAGAGUCUCAGUGCCUCCAAGCUGGCCAAGAGCAUUUGCAGUCAGUUUCGGACCCGGCUUAAUAGCUCCCAUGAGGCAUUUGCAGCCUCCCUGCGGCAGUUGGAAGUUGGUCAUUCAGGCCGGCUAGAGAAAACUGAAGACCUGUGGCUAAAGGUUCGGAAAGAUCAUGCCCCACGCUUGGCCCGCCUUUCCUUGGAGAGCCGCUCCCUGCAGGAUGUCUUGUUGCAUCGUAAACCUAAACUGGGCCAGGAGCUAGGCCGGGGACAGUAUGGUGUGGUGUACCUAUGUGACAACUGGGGAGGCCAUUUCCCCUGUGCCCUGAAGUCCGUCGUCCCUCCGGAUGAGAAGCACUGGAAUGAUUUGGCAUUGGAGUUUCACUACAUGAGGUCUCUGCCCAAGCAUGAGCGUCUGGUGGAUCUUCACGGUUCCGUCAUCGACUACAACUACGGCGGUGGCUCCAGUAUUGCGGUGCUGCUCAUCAUGGAGCGGCUACACCGGGACCUAUACACAGGGCUGAAGGCUGGGCUGAUUCUGAAGCUGCGCCUGCAGAUAGCCCUGGACGUAGUGGAGGGAAUCCGCUUUCUGCAUAGCCAGGGGCUUGUCCACCGUGACAUCAAAUUAAAAAAUGUUCUGCUUGACAAGCAGAACCGAGCCAAGAUCACCGACCUGGGUUUUUGCAAGCCUGAGGCCAUGAUGUCUGGUAGCAUCGUGGGUACCCCAAUCCAUAUGGCCCCAGAGCUCUUCACAGGGAAGUAUGACAAUUCCGUGGAUGUCUAUGCUUUUGGGAUCCUCUUCUGGUAUAUCUGCUCAGGCUCCGUAAAGCUCCCUGAAGCAUUCGAAAGAUGUGCCAGCAAGGACCACCUCUGGAACAAUGUGCGAAGAGGAACCCGUCCAGAGCGACUCCCAGUGUUUGAUGAGGAAUGCUGGCAGCUGAUGGAAGCCUGUUGGGAUGGUGAUCCCUCCCGGCGGCCUCUUCUUGGCAUUGUUCAACCCAUGCUCCAGGGUAUCAUGGACCGGAUGUGCACUUCAAACUUGGAGCAACCAAGCAGAGGACUGGAUGAUUCUACUUGAAGGCCCUUUCUCUGUCUCAUUCUCCUGCCCUCUCUCUUCCUCUUCCUUUUGUUUUUAAACUCCCUGGUCAUAGGAAGAACUUGACAUUGUAUACAUCAUAGGAAGCACCUGAGGGAACUGUUUUUGGCUGUGUAACUUGAGACAACUUCAAACUUUGGGGACUUUAGUCAGCUGUGAGAAGUUGGAUUGUUGUCCCAGCAUGUUUGUCCAUUUUGUAUUCACCAAUGAUCCAAGCUGUCUCUUUGAGAAAAAGACAGUCUAGGUCACAGAGAAAAGCCAAGGAAUGGGAGAUUAGGCCUUUGGAGCCAGAGCAUGUCCCAUCUUUUCUAAGAUGCAUAAAUUUUUCCAAAGUACUGGAUGGGGUACUAUGAUGUCAGUACAUCAUCUGGCUGACUUUUGCUCUGUCAGGGCUUAAUUAGUUUGGUUCCAUCCAGUGGUCAGGAUAGAAUCACAGAAAUGUCAAGUACUUAGAUGAUGGAAUUUAGGGAGAGGAAAGGUGGCCACAGGGAGAAGAGAACUCUGUAGAGAUGUGUCUGGUUCCUGCUGACUGUAACCAGAGCUGAAGCCUCGAGUUUGUGUGGCUGUAAAUAAAGUCAGCGGUGCUCUUUGCAUUGCCAGAUAUGUUUACAUUUGGGGAGGAGGUUUUACCGUUACACCACUUUAGUUUCCCCAAAGACUCCAUUGAGAGAAUUGUUAGGGGUUCCUAUUACUGUUAACCGCAGAGCCUGCAGACGAGCUUUUGUUCUACUGGGUUUGAGGCUAGCUUCAGAUAAUAGUGAUACUCGGGGGUGGGUUGGGGAGGGGGUAUCUGGGUAAAUCUAACCCAGUUUAAAAUGUUUGGGUGAGACCCAAGAAAUAAGAAACACCCUGGAGGUCAUUGACUCUUAUGGGGGUUACUUGUGUUUAGACCUCCUGUAAAGAUAACUAGUUUGUGUUUUACAUGUUUGAAAAACAAAUAUUUCUCUUUAUUUUUUGAACCUAACACACUGACAUUUUAAAAUCUUGUUUACUGUCAAAGAUGUUUUAGCCAAGCUUUCUUCUACUGCUUGUUCUCUUUCUCUCUUUUAAAUAUCAUUUGCUAGAAGACAAAAUAGCAGAUGAGGAAAAAAAAAGAGCACUGUAGCAGGUCCUUAAGCGUGCACAAUUACUGCAUAUAUAUAUUUCUGGGAGGGUCAACCCCCCCCCCUUUUUUUUUUUUUGCAGUUAGCAAUGGAACAUAGAAAUGUCCAUGGGGAGUUUUCAUACAGAGAAGGGGAAGGGGAAGAGAUCCGGUUCUGGUAUGUGAAGGACCCGAUGUAACCUCAGUCCUACUUAAGUCUUGGCUUCAAGCUCUUCUGGACCCCAGGGUAUCAGCUACCCAACUCUUUUUUCAAUAAGAAGAGUAAGGAGAGGACAGAAUGGACAGGAUUGGUUGGCUGGGAUGGAUAAAAAGCUCCUGCCUGUCACUCAGUCCCUGUGUCCCAACAGCUGUAAGCUGUUUUGCUGUUUUGUUCCUAAAAUGUCUGGAACACUUUGCAACCAGAAUCCUUCUGGUUGGAAGUGCAAAAUUAAUGGUGCCUUUGUUGCUGGAAUUUUCUAGAUAGAAAGAUUGGCUUGCCUAUUAACAUAUAGCAAAAGGAGAGUGCUAGGACCUAGAGUUUAAAGCCUGAUGGACUCUUUAGCUGUCUUGAGCAGGGGCUGCAGUGCCUCACACCUCGAAAGUUCCUAUUAUAAUCAAGAACUUUCAGUUGCAAUUGAAGACAUAGUCAACUAUGUAUCUUUGAGUCCAUAGGCAUCACACUUCUUGUAGUGAACCAUCUAGUGCAGCUCUUCCUAGUUUAAGAAAAUGACUUGGAACCUCAGCAUCUACUGUUUACUCCACGCUAUUAUAUUCUUACCAGUAUUAACUAGUUUUCCUUUUGGGUUCUGUAGGUACCAGCAAAUUUGUGGUAUAGGGAACCUAAGUCUCCAGUUAGGGAAGGUGAGGGUUUGUAUUUAGUAUCUUGGAAAGUAGAGAAUGCACAGAAAAAAGUAACAGCACAGACAUCUGUUCUCUGUGGACUUUUGAAAGUCUUGUACAGUUUCUGCCUUGUAACUAUGUCCCCUUACAUUUUAAUCAGUCAUAAUUAGAAGUGGGUUUAAAAAAUAAAUGUCUAGACUGAGUUUAGCACUCACAACACAGACACCCACAGCCUCUGAAGUCCUUAGCUCAUGGCUACAUUCACACACAUCAGUAUACUCCUCCCCCAUAUACCAGAUUUUUUUGUUCAAUCCAAUCUCUGUUGGCUUGGUCUCUUAAUGUUUCUUUUCUAGUACACGCCUCUGUGUGUGUGUGUGUGUGUGAGUAUAUGAAUGAAUAUGUAUAUAUCCAAACAUAUAUGGUAUAUAUCUACAUACCUGCAAAUAUAUACACAUGUACAUACAUAUAUGUAUACUUCCCCCCCACACCAGGAGCUAGAGUGAAAUUAAGGACAGAACAAAUAUGAGAAAAGCAAGGUGUGCAGUGUCCAGGCUAGCCAGAGUCAUGGAUGUCUGGAGGAUUACUUAAAACACUCAGCCAGUUUACUACAGGAAUGACUAUGUUUGCUUUUGAUUUUAUAUUGUCUGCUGUGUUUCCUCACCUUCUGACAUCACAUUAUUGUUGAGGUGAACAAACGUCAUAAAUUGUACUAUACUGUAUACUUUGGGAGACACUAGGUUGUUCAGUGAUAUCUCUUCCCUAAUGCAAUGGCCAUUCAAGUCUAAAUGAUGCUAUUUUGGCAGGUGUUGUGAAGACUGUAUCUGGGGUUACACACAUGCCCAGCCUAGGGAGGACAGUUGUGGUUGGGGGAGGGAGGGAAGAGGAACUCAUGGAGAAUUUAUCCUUUUCUGUACUGUCUUCUAAAUAAAGUGGCAAAGCUAGUUAGCUUCAGCCUGGAACACUUGCCUGACAUUAAAUAAUCAAGUCUUUCUUCUAAGUCAGUCGAAAGUAAGGAAUACUAAGAGGUUGGCCAUCUCAGCCUGUAACCUUGCCGAUUCCCAGCAGCACGUUCAGACUACUGAUAGCUGAAGAAUGCUUAUAGAAGGAGUUACACAGGAAUUUCUUUGCUCUCUUGCUCAUAGUACAGAGCAGCCUCUUUUCCUCAGUAAACCGUUCUAGUUCUCUGGAUGCCAGCCUUGUUAGGAAGGUGCCGGCUGUUGAGAGACCUUCCAAAGAUGGAGUCAUUUUCUAAAGCAUUAUCUUCUAGAGGACCAAGUGUUGUUCCCAAAUUAUUUUAAAUUUCAGAACCAUAAAUCUGUGAUGAAUGGGAAUGAGAAUGCCAGACCUAGAAGUUAGAUGAGCCAGAGCUAUUGGCUAGAGUAUUCUGUUCUUUACUACAUUUUAACAUCUUUGAAUGGGUCACCAGAGACCAAAUGGAUCUUACUGCAGCUUUUAGAAAGGCUUUGUGGUAAAACAGGGUGACACAGGCGCAGAAGGCUGGUAGGUACUCCAUGUCUGAUCAUUGUAAACAAUUUAUGGGUUAUCCACUGCAUGGAGCAGAACUUCUUCACUGACUCAUCUUUUUGCCACUUAGGAGCAGUGUUCCUUCUGGCACUUGUGGGAAUAGUGAUGGCCUUGUAGCCAUUUCUUGGAGAGAACAGGUGUUUAGCGUUUAAUUUGAUUUGUACACGGCGAUGCCGAUGUCCUGCCUUGUUAGGCAGGAUCAGCAGCCCUCCUCUGAUGCUGAAUAGCUGCUUUUCUAUCUUGACUGGGUUUUUUUUUUUUUUCCCCUUUGUGGAGGCUUAACUUCUAGAAAACAACCCUUUACCUUUUCUAAAAAUAAGAAUUUUUUUUGCUGAUUCCCAGUGGGUUUGGAGCUAGGGCUGGGGAAGGACUGGAGGAACUGAAAAUUCCUUCAGGACUUCAAGUAGUAAGUACUACUGCUCUUAAAGAGGUUUUACUUUUAAGUUCAUUUAUGUGCUUUACUACCAUCCAGUUCAAUUAUAGUAAUCAUAGGGGCUCUGUGUGUGUGUGUGUGUGUGUGUGUGUGUGUGUGUGUGUGUGUGAGAGAGAGAGAGAGAGAGAGAGAGAGAGAGAGGCAGGCACCUGGCACUAAGAAAGCCAGCUUGCCAAUAGAGCCAAGGAAAAAGAGUGGUCUAAACAGUUUGGUGUCUAGUGUCUUUGCUUGUGUCGUACUUUUUGUUUGUUUGUGUCUUAAAUUUAAAGGACUGAUGUCUAUUACAGUGUUAAAGGAAAAUGUAACAAACUAAGUGUUUAGGAUAAAAGUGCAAUAACAAAAGAAAUUACUUUACAAACUCCAAUUCUUAUGACCUAUUUUGUGCUACACCAAGUUCUUUUCAUAACAUUGUUACUGCAGGGCCAUACCGUGUGUUUAUUUUUAAGAGACGCGACUGUGGGUUAAGACUUCAUUUAGUGUAAUUUUGAAUGGUCAGGUUUGGUUUUUAUAGACUAUUCUGUAUACAUGUCGGGAUACACCAAACACCACAUGUACUGUAUAAUAAAGGUCACAUUAACGUUUUA